CGGACCGCGGCGCUGUGGCCGUGAGGGAGCGCGGCGAGGGCAGCGCGGCGGACUGGGAUUACCAGGCCGGACUAGCCGGCGGUGCCCCGGAGGACCUGCCGCCCGACGCUCCGGGACGGUGCGCACGGCGCCGCAGAUUUCUGCUUGUCAGAUUACUCAAAGGCAAGAAAGACCAACCUACUGUACUCUUGAGUUCUGCCCAUGCAAGACCCCUGCAACAGACUCUAGGUCAAGUCUUCUGUGCUGCCAUUCACCCUUCUACCCCAGACACUCCUCUGGGGUCCUCAUGAGGUCAACAGUGUGAAGAUGAUCAGUGCCUUCUUACCUUCUUAGCAUGACGACCUUGGACCAUGUGAUCACAACCCAUCAGUCUGAGUGGGUCUCCUUCAAUGAAGAGCCACUCUUUCUUGUCGCUUCUGAGGGGGACACUGAAGAGCAUUUCCCAAAACUGUCCUCUUCCUCAGACCCAUCUGAAAGCUCCUCUGGGGACAACAAUGUGGUGGAUGGAGUCUCUCAGGACCUUUCCCACUCAGAGCAGGAUGACUCUUCUGAGAAGAUGGGCCUCAUCUCUGAAGCAGCCUCCCCUCCUGGGAGCCCUGAACAGCCUCCACCUGACCUAGCCUCAGCCAUCAGCAACUGGGUUCAGUUUGAAGAUGACACACCCUGGGCUAGCACCUCACCAUCUCAUAAGGAAACAGCUCUCCCAUUGACCAUGCCCUGCUGGACAUGCCCUUCCUUUGAGUCCUUGAGGAGAUGUCCUCUGACCUCCGAGAGCAGCUGGACCACCCAUUCUGAAGACACCAGCAGUCCUAGUGUUGGCCCUUCAUACACAGACCUGCAGUUCAUCAAUGCUGAGGAGCAGGCAAGCCGCAGGACUUCUGCAGCUGACUCAACUGAAACUUGUUGGCACCUAGUGGAGUCUGUUGCUGAUGAAGACAAUUCUUCCUCCCUCCAGGAAGAUGAAGAGGUAGAGAUGGAAACCGUUAGCUGGCAGGCCAGCAGUCCAGCCAUGAACGGGCACCCUGCCCCUCCAGUGACUGCUGCUCGAUUCCCCAGCUGGGUCACUUUUGAUGACAAUGAAGUCCACUGCACGUUGCCUCCCGUCACCUCCCCUCUGAAGGCAAGUACACCACCACCUACUGCACCUGUGAUGUCAGAUGUACCUUACAGCUCAACUGGGUCAUUUAAGAGGGACCGUCCCAAGAGCACUUUGAUGAACUUCUCCAAAGUUCAGAAGCUGGACAUUUCCUCCUUGAACCGCCCACCUUCCAUAACUGAGGCUCCACCAUGGAGAGCAACCAAUCCCUUCCUGAAUGAGACGCUACAGGAUGUUCAGCCCUCCCCUAUCAACCCAUUCAGUGCUUUCUUUGAGGAACAGGAGCGGCGCUCUCAAAACAGUUCCAUUUCCAGUACCACUGGCAAAAGCCAAAGAGAUUCUCUCAUUGUCAUCUACCAGGAUGCCAUCAGCUUUGAUGAUUCUAGCAAGACUCAGUCCCACUCUGAUGCUGUGGAAAAACUCAAACAACUCCACAUCGAUGACCCUGAUCACUUGGGCAGCACAAAACUACCUGAUGAUGAUCCAGUAGCCUGGGUCCAGCUGGAUGCUCACCUACCUGGGUCAGCUGUGUCCCAGCCCAGGGAUGGGUGGCCAAUGAUGCUGCGGAUCCCUGAGAAGAAAAACAUCAUGUCCUCCAGGCACUGGGGACCCAUCUACAUCAAACUGACCGACAGUGGUUACUUGCAGCUGUAUUAUGAACAGGGCCUGGAAAAGCCAUUCCGUGAGUUCAAACUGGAGAUCUGCCACGAUGUUUCAGAACCCCGGCUUCAGAACUAUGACGAGAAUGGGAGGAUCCACAGCUUGCGGAUCGAUCGUGUCACCUACAAGGAGAAGAAGAAAUACCAGCCUAAACCCGCUGUGACCCACACUGCAGAACGGGAACAAGUGAUUAAGCUGGGCACCACCAAUUACGAUGACUUCCUGAGCUUCAUCCGCGCAGUUCAGGAUCGUCUCAUGGAUCUGCCAGUCUUGUCAAUGGACUUGAGCACAGUUGGCUUGAACUACCUUGAAGAAGAGAUUACAGUGGACGUGAAAGAUGAAUUUACCGGUAUUGUGAGCAAAGGAGAAAACCAGAUCCUCCAGCACCAUGUCUUGACGCGGAUCCAUAUCCUGAGUUUCCUCUCUGGGUUGGCAGAGUGUCGCUUGGGCCUCAAUGAUAUACUCAUCAAAGGCAAUGAGAUCGUUUCACGACAGGACAUCAUGCCCACCACCACCACCAAGUGGAUUAAGCUCCAUGAGUGCCGUUUCCAUGGGUGUGUGGACGAGGAUGUCUUCAACAGCUCUCGUGUUAUUCUUUUCAACCCUUUGGAUGCAUGCCGGUUCGAGCUAAUGCGGUUCAGGACGGUGUUUGGAAAAACUUUGCCCUUCACCCUCCGGACAGCAGCAAGCAUCAACGGGGCAGAGGUGGAGGUGCAGAGCUGGCUGAGGAUGUCAACUGGCUUCUCCUCGAACCGCGACCCUCUCACUCAGGUUCCCUGUGAGAAUGUAAUGGUUCGUUACCCAGUGCCUAGUGAGUGGGUGAAAAACUUCCGGAGGGAAAGUGUCCUGGGGGAAAAAUCUUUGAAAGCCAAAGUGAACCGGGGAGCAAGUUUUGGCUCAUCUAGUGUCUCUGGCUCUGAGCCUGUUAUGAGAGUAACUCUGGGAACUGCCAAAUAUGAACAUGCCUUCAACUCCAUUGUGUGGAGGAUAAACCGACUGCCCGACAAAAACUCAGCAUCUGGACACCCACACUGUUUCUUUUGCCACCUGGAACUUGGCUCUGACAGGGAAGUGCCUUCCAAGUUUGCCAGUCAUGUGAAUGUGGAGUUCAGCAUGCCCACAACUUCUGCCUCCAAAGCUGCUGUUCGAUCUAUCUCCGUGGAAGACAAGACUGAUGUCCGGAAGUGGGUCAACUAUUCUGCACACUACAGUUACAAGGUGGAAAUAGAACAAAAAAAGAGUUUGAAGCCAGACUGUGAUGAAGAUGAAAUGGCCAAUCCCAAGGAAUGUGGGGUACAGUGACAAAGACUUACGUCAAGGAAUCCUAACCCAAGGGUCAUGACAGGAUGCCUUCCUGAGUAGUUGAAGCUGAAGUCAACACUUGCUGUGGCCACUCCACGUGGGAGCAGUCAGUGAGAUCUUCCUGUUCACAGUUACCUGGAUUUCAACAGGAGUCCCUGAGGUGGUUGCUUUGGAGAGUCUUGUUGACUCUGAUCAUGCCUGAAGCACGUGGUGCACCUGACUUUUGAAGCUUAUUAUGUAAUUAGGCUUCUUUGUCUGUUUCUGCUUGUAUCACAGCACUGGUAUGUGGUUUGUGAAGAAAGAGUUUGGAAAAGAACCUCCGACGUCUGUGUUGGCACUGUUUCUUUUUGAUAAUCAUUUAUCCCUCAAGAGUGUCUGGAGAAAAGUGGUUCUGCAAAAUUAACCCCGAAACCAUCUUUGUCACUCUUUAUAUAAAAAGCUCCCAAAAGGUUCAAUGCAAAUUUCCUCUUUGGGUCUAGUAGACCAAAUGUAGAUGUCUUCUACCAUUCAAUGUUAACACUAUGCAAGAGGAGUUUUCCAGGUGUUCUCUCCUUGCUCUAGAGUGUUUAAACUCAAAGGGUUUUGUUGUUGUUGUCAUCAUUGUGUUUUGUUGUUUGCUAUUUUCAGUCACAGGAUUUGCUAUCCUGUGUUACAAUAGAUAAUGGGAAAAUCAGUGACUGAACCUACAUUCUACAAAUAGAUUGGAUUGGAUUCAUAUUUUUUUUGAGAGGAAAACAAAAUUGAAUUUGCCUUUCCUCUGUGGAAAAGAGUCCUUAAAUGUUAAGAUUAUAUUCAGUUCAGAAGACAGCCUCAGCGUCAGUGAAUUCUCAAAUUCACGCUGAAAAAUACCUACCACUUCUGCUUCCUGAGACAUAUGAGGACUCAUUUAUAUGAAUACAUGUCCUUGGCAUUUAUCAGGGGCAUUUGGGAGUCCUUUUUAUACCUCACAGCCAUUAAAUUGUUGCAUGUCUCUUUAACUCAAACUUUACAAGAAGUUCAAGCCGAAUAGACUUUUGAAUGAACGUUCCCCCCAGUUUCAGCAUUUGAUCAUCACAGUAUUGUAAUACAUCCA